AUGGAACCAAUUGAUGACAUACUUUUUGAGGUUACUGAUGCGUUCAAAACUCAGAAGGAGGAUCUUCUUGAGUUGGUAACAUUGAUUGAUAUAUAUGGCGAGCAAGUUAACCAAGAGGGGAGCUAUGAAGAAAAGACGAGAUUCAUUGAAACUUUGAAUACAUUGUUAGAGGAUAAUCCGAGUACUACUGGUGAAAUCGGUUGGGAUCUGCCUAAGGGAUUAUUGAAGUUCUUGUCAAAGGAUAAUGUCGAUGUAAAUGGAAGACUAGGUACGAAUAUGAUUGUCCAAGGUGUAAUGAAGUGUUUCUAUGCCAUCUCAAUCCAAGGCGAGCCCAAAAAAUGUUUAAUUACUGGGUUGGAGUUGCUUUCAUCCCUUUGUUCAAAAGAUUUUUCCAAGAGUGAUCAACAGAAUAAGGAAGACUUUGUUGAUAAAAAGGCCAAUACGUUACCUCCUGAAGGAGUAAUCGAAAAUUCCUCUAAUCGAAAAGAUUUUCCAUCCUACGGUGAAAGCAAGAGUUCAAAUGAAUUUUUCUUGAAGUUGAAAUCCUACAUUUUAUUUGAAUUCAUAGGGGCGAGUCUGAAAAGGAUUUCUACUCUGUUUCCUUCGAAAUAUCUGGGAGCUGCUGUGUCAACAAUUGAGAAAUUUGUGUAUAGUCAUGCGGACACUUUUGAAGAUGCCCUUUUCCUUCUUCGUAGGGUGUACACAUUCUGCAGGAACUAUAUUCCCCCUGAUCCACCAAAAGAUAUACAAUUGAACGAAGAUUUUACUCGAGAGAUGUUUGAUAAAGUUGUGGAGGAAGAAAGUGAAUUACAGGUUAGACUAUUGCGUAGGCUUUGUACUUUUGGUAUUUCGACACCCAUAAAAACUGUCACCACCAAUGCCGACGUGAAAUACUAUUGUGCACUAAAUCAACAGAAGUUUGAAUUAUCUGCAUAUUACACCGAAUAUCUUGAGCUAUUUUGCAGGUAUUACCAAAUGGCGUUCUCGCUUGAUGUUGAUAUAGAGGGAGAAUUUCAGAAUGUGAUAAAAGAAUGUAGGAUUAUUUAUAAGUCUGUACCCCAGGAGAUUUCCGCUGUUAAUGAUGAAGCAAAGUUGGUUUUGGAAAGAAUGGUAUAUAAAUUGGCUUAUACAUUCGAAGUACAAAAGGCCGCUAAAGAAAAAAAUGUUGGUUUGGACUAUAAUGGUGUAAUAUUAUUUUCUGGUAUCCACUAUUUGGAAACCAAUCAACAUUUAGUAAAGGAAAUGAAUAUAACGGAUGCCAUUUAUCUCUACUUGAGAUUUACAACUCCAUCAUUAUAUUCUAAAGUUUACUAUAAUGUAGCAGUUGAAUCAGUUAGUCGCUACUGGCUAUGGUAUGCUAUUACAACCGAGCCCUUGGAGGAUGUAAAAAAAGAAUUGAAGAAUCUUUCAGUGUUUGUUACAAAAACAUUAUUGCAUGUUCUACUUCAAAAGAACUGUAUUCAGGUCAAUCAGCAGUUAAGAAUGAUAACUUUCACUCUUCUCACCAGAUUACUAUGUUUAAUACCUGAAAAAGUUGCAUUUGAGUUUAUCUUAGAUGUGCUUAAGACAUCUCCCCUUCCAUUGGCUAAGACGUCCGUAUUAUGUGUUUUUAAAGACCUUUCAAGGCGACGCAUCUCCACCAAGGAUAACGAUUCUGAGACGGAUUUGAUUGUCGAAAAAUUAUCCAAACUGAAGGUCAAUGAUAGUAACAAAGCUCAGCAAAGUAACAUCAGACAUUAUAUCCAACUAGAUUCUUCCAAAAUGAAAGCUGUUCAUGACUGUUGUCUGCAGACUAUCCAAGAUUCAUUUACGGCAGAUGCCAAGAAGAGUGAUAUAUUAUUACUGCUAACUUACUUGAAUAUUUUCAUUGUGCUAAAAAAAACAUGGGAUGAAGAUCUACUGAAGAUUGUUUGUUCGAAGAUUGAUUCUAAUUUGAAGUCAGUCGAACCUGAUAAACUUCCGAAGUAUAAGGAAAUUGUGGAUAAAAACGAAUCUCUAAAUGACUAUUUUACUGGUAUAAAAUGA